ACCCACAGGGAGGUGAUGGCUCCUGACAGUCCUUGCUCUUCCACUCCCACAGGCAGCGAAUACGACGAGGAGGAGGUAGACUACGAGGAGUCGGACAGCGAUGAGUCCUGGACCACAGAGAGUGCCAUCAGCUCCGAAGCCAUCCUCAGCUCCAUGUGCAUGAAUGGAGGGGAAGAGAAGCCUUUUGCCUGCCCAGUUCCUGGAUGUAAAAAGAGAUACAAGAAUGUGAAUGGCAUAAAGUACCACGCGAAGAAUGGUCACAGAACACAGAUUCGUGUCCGCAAACCGUUCAAAUGUCGGUGUGGGAAGAGUUACAAGACAGCUCAGGGCCUGCGGCACCACACAAUCAAUUUCCAUCCCCCGGUGUCGGCUGAGAUUAUCAGGAAGAUGCAGCAAUAACAUGCUGGUCCUAACUGUGCCAAGAAAUCCUCACCAGCAGUUGCUGAUUUUGAAAACAGCCACCUUUUUUGAGGGGAAGCAUUCAGCAACCCUUUAGAGAAAAAGAAUUAAAUGCAUGCUUUAAAUUUUUUCUGUAAUUUUGGAAUGAUGUAUCUUUGUAGUUAAUGAUUUUGUACAUUUGCACAUGUAAUCAUCAUACCCAUUUUCAUUACUUUGAUAUAAGGUGCUAAACGAAAAAAGCUCUAGGUUCUUCAGCACAUUUCCCCCAAAACAAAACAAAACUGAGGGCAUGUUGCGUAUUGUUUAGUUGUACUGCAGUGGUAUCAAAUGGGGGGAGGAGGGGCUGGCACUGAGGUUUUUUUCAAGAUUGUAAUGUGAUUGAAGUUUUUCAACACAUCAGCUCACGUAAGUUCAAAACCAAAAUAAUUACCUUCAUUAUCAAACUGGUUACCAUGCCUUACAUAAUGGAGUUAGUAUUUGUGAGUAGAAAGACUUUAGGUAGUGGAAAUAUAAAUAAGAAAGAAUGUUUAACAUAAUAUGCUAAAAAUAUUUUCAUAUUUAAAUAACAUACAUAAAAGGUGUGCUUUCUGUGUUUUAUAUUAUCUUGCAAAUCCUUUGCCCUUUAAAAAGCUAAAAAUCUUGCCACCUGACUUACCAACUGUUUUAAUGUUAUAAAUGGCAUUGUUGUAUGAAAUAGUCUAUUCAUUUUAACACAUUUGUUGAGUGCCUGCUGGGUACAAGGGAUUCAAUUUAUGACUGAUAUUUGUGGACCAAGGUACCAGUUUAGUGAAAUACUUUUCCCUGAAAUCUGUUAGGAAACACUCUGAAAUACUUAAGUGCAAAUUUUGUGUGUGUAAAAUUUAGUUUUAUCUUCAUCUUGAGAUGAAGUGUUCAAGCACUUUGUAGUUCUCUAUUGCCAACAAUUUAAUGUUUGUGUGUUGCCAAUGCUUGCAACCACUGCCCUAAACACAUCUGUGGGUUGCAAAUCAGAGUAAAAUUUCAAGAACGUUUCAAAGAGGAACAUUUUUGUUAAGACCCCUACUGCCUUUUCCUCACACUCGAUAUCUAAGACUUUGUAAAAGGCACUUUUCCCAUCACAUUGUAGAUGUCUGCAUUCUCAUGUCUGUUUAGCUUUAUGAAACGUUUUGCAGAAAUAUGAAAAUGAGCCUUAUUGACAAUUAAGUGCUUCUUUGCAGCAGGUGGUCAAAGAAAAAGUGUGACUGAUACGACCCUUAAAAUAAACCUACAUCUGGAUCAUUCCUCAAGUUUUUUCCUCACCGACAGUACCAUCAUGCCUUGAGUGUUCUUUUUCUCCCAAGUGCUAUUCCUUAAACAUGAGAGUUUACCAGUUGCCUAAUAUGCAAUAAAAAUGGCUUUGAUACAGCUAACUGCCCAUAAAACAAACAGGUGGAAAAGCAACACAAACUGCUUAUCUUUCCCCAUUUUUCCCAUUUGAUUAAAAGUCUUAUACAUGGCUGGGAAGCAAGGGUCCCUCCUCAAUUUUUCAGGCAUUUUGAAAGGAUGACAAUUCUGUUAGCCAGAUGGGUAAGCUUCUAUAGUAACAAGUUGUGAAUCUCUCAUAAUGAGGGAUUUUUAAGUAUUUAUAAAGACACUGCCCUCUCAAAAUUUCCUCAGAUCUCUGAAGAGUGGUCUUGGUCCUGAAUAUAGUAUUAAUCCUGUAUGUUUAAAGGGUGAUCCAGACAUAAGAAGCAACUAGAUGGUGCAUAAGAAGGCCCUACUUGGCUAUUUCAUAUCUACCUACAAUUGACCAAAAAAAAAACAAAUUUUUUUAGGCCAGCAAUUAUUAUUUAGCUUUGCUCCUUCUAGUGCAAGAAACUGCAGGCUGGAUCGGUAGUUAACAGCUAAACAGUCAUAAAAUAGUCAUUGUGCAUGUUCAAUUUCUUUCAAUGAUAAACAAAUUCCAGUUUCUAUUAUUGUGACAGUAUUACUGAACAGGUAAGGAUGGGAAUAUUUUGUUAUACCGUGUAUAGUGAAUGUAUUGUACUGUGUUUGUGAAAACUGUGCUUUAAAUUAUAUUUUCAUAUGUUUCGUUGGGGACAGAGCACAUUAAGUUUGAGAGCAACAGAGAUUUGUUUUAGAGCUAAAGGCAACUUAAAAUUCCUGUCAAAAAAGCUGCUUAUAAAAUGUAAAUGAAAUCAAAUUUAAAAUAAACUGCCUCU